ACAGUACCUAUCAAUUAUUUGUAUGCUCCAUCUAGAAUGGACUAGAAAUUUGUCUUCUCUGUUGUAUGACAACAAUAGUUGGCUGGGAAGUUUAUAUGAGGAGUUAAAACAUGGUUCAAAUGUGCUGUGUGAAAACAAGCUGAGGUUAUGGAUCUCAUUGCUGUUGGCAGUGUCAUUGGGGUGUGACUCCAGAGAGGUGGGACCAAGGGCCACUCAUCUUCCAAUUCAGUCAUCUGAGCUAUUAGACGGCAGUCUCUUAAUAUAGUCAAGUGAACCGUGUAUAUAUAGGGUACACAAAGAGCCCUGACUUCAGACAAAUUUCUGUCCGACUAUCUAGGAAUAAACUCUACGUCAAGACAUAGACAAACAGAGGGACUGACCAGCUACAAUAAUCAAGGACAGGGCUUUUGAAACCACUACAUAGACAAAAAAACUUCUGAUUCAGCAGAACUUUACCACGUUGAGACUUCCUCAACAUCCUUUAACAUUCCUACUGCAAAUACAACUUUUUAGCUUACUUUGAAAACAGGAAUAUUAAAGAAUGAAGUUCUACCAAUGUCCAGUGAGCCAGACUGUGCACUAUGAGGGCUGCAAUCCAACUGCCUUUAAUCCAUUAGCAUGUCCUCGUUCUCCACCUUCUGUCAAACCUAUUCGUAAUGUUCACUUUCCCAAUGAUAUAGUUUUCCAGGAUUAUGUCCGUCAAGGAGAGCUGGAGAGAAUUGGAUGUUUCCUUAGAACCAGGAGAGUGAAUCUAGACACAAUCUACCAUUCAGGCAUGGCAGCCAUACAUGAGGCAGUCCUAUCUGGGAACCUGGAGUGUGUGAAGCUUCUGGUAAAGUAUGGUGCUAACAUCACUCAGAGAGAUAUGGACGGAUGGACUCCUCUCCACAUGGCCUGCAGUGAUGACUUUCCAGAAAUAGCUAAGUACUUGCUUUCCCUGGGUGCUGACACUGAGACUGAAAAUGACUGUGGGGAGAGGCCUGCUGACCUUAUUGACACAGAAUGCAAAGAGCUGCUGGAACUUUUCAGAGUCCGAAGUGACUGAUUUUGCAUCCCUUACCUGAAGCUGGAGUUCAGCUGAUUGCUCUCCUCCUGGAAAAAGAAUGAAGCUGGUUUGCUGGCAAAAGGUGGAACAGCCAUAGUUAUUGCAGUGGAGCUGUUAGUUGAGACACAUUGAAAGGGUGUCUGGUUAUAACUGUCUGGUCCUGUGCUUCUGGACCAGACAGUCAAUGACAGCAAUUAGUUGGAUGUGAGUUGCAAUUUCCCCUUCAGGGAAGAACUCUUCCAGUGGAGAUGAUGCAGUUUGUUCUUGCUGUAAGCUAAUGAGAAACAAAACAGCUUUUUAAAAUCAGUGUGUAAUAGUUAAAUGAUGCCCUGCAUUUUGUGACUGAAAUGUGAUUUCACUUAAUUGUUUUCCAUAGCAUUUGUUUCUCAAAAUAUUUUAAAGAUUGUUCAAUAGCUCCUUCUUGUGAUGGUAUUUGAAUCAAUGUUUUUAUCCAUUUCCAUCUACAACAUGACACUUUACAGAGUUGGAACA